AUGCAAUGCAUUGCUGGUUUGAUAGGGAGCAUAAUUUUACUUCAAUUCGGUAAUCUCUACAUGUAUCCAGUCAUGCAACUUGGUGAUGCUUCAACACUUUACAUUCCAUCUCAUUUGAUGCAAAGUGAGAAUCAAUUACUUGCCCUAGCAUCCAUCCUACUCAAUUUUCUUGUCAGUAAACUAUACAAGUAUGUUGUACUUGGUUGGCGAGUCAUUUCGGUUUCCAAGAUUCCAGUUAAAACUUCACCAAGCAACGCCCCCUGUUGCUGCUUCGAGAUUCUUGCUUGGGAAAAAAUGGACUUAAAAAAUAUGGCUAAUUUUAUGCAUCGAAUUAUACCUCUGGAACAUUUCAUGUUUGAGCACACCUCGAAAAUGGGUCAGUUUAUACCUGAUGACAUGGUAAGGAUUUUGAAAGGUAUUAGUGGUGAUGGUAGUGACGUCUGGGGAAGUAGUACAUUUCAUGAUUGCGGAUCAUUGUGCCGAAAUACUUUCAAAGGAAGAUUAAUAAAUAAAAGAGUGCUGUUAAAACUUACUAAUACGAAUUUUGGCUAUCAACGCUAUUUGAGAUGCAAUUUGCCGUAUUGUAGCGAGAUGCGGUUGAAUUAUCUUGUGCAUGUUCAUUGCAAUUUGCUGAUUGCUUUAAGUAGAAGUAAUGAACUGGGUGAUAUUCAACCAGCAAAUAUCUACGUAAAAAUGCAAAUCAAACUGCUUUAUAUUUCUACUAUGUUUACAGAAGAAUAUGAAGCAUUGCAUGCACCAUUACAAUUAUUUGGACUUUGUGGCUGCAAGUGCUUGAGUGUACCACCACAAUCGCGGUGCCGUCCACCCUUUCUAAGUUCAUCGCAAACAUGGAGCCCUGAAUUUUUUGAUCACAUGCAUUUUGGAUAUCCCAAUUAA